AUGGCGCGUGCACACGCGUAUAGUAGAAGCGCGGGAGCCGGUACACGCACGAAGGCAGCCGGUGAAGCGGCUGUAGUCUCGGUCCUCCUCGACGACGCCACGCCCUUCGUCAAGAGCGAGAAGGACGCCGAGCCCAACGACUCGCUUUGCGGCUUCGACAUCAUCGACGAGAUCAAGUCCCACCUCGAGCACUCCUGCCCGGCCACCGUCUCCUGCGCCGACAUCCUCGCUCUGGCCUCCCGGGACGCCGUCGCCCUGCUCGAGGGACCGACGUGGAACGUGCAGCUCGGCCACAAGGACUCGCGCGGCGCCGACAGGGAUACCACCGAGAAUGACCUCCCCAGCCCGCACGAGAACGUGACCAGCCUCAUCAUCAAGUUCGCGGAGUACAGCCUCGAGGCCCGCGACAUGACCGCGCUCUCGGGCACGCACACCAUCGACACGGCGCGGUGCCUCCACUACAAGGACCGCGUCUACGGAAACGACGGGGAGGGCAGCGCUGACAUUGACCCCUCGUUCACGGAGCUUCGCCGGCGGACGUGCCAGGCCGGUGACGAUGCGACGCCAUUCGACGAGCAGACGCCGAUGAGGUUCGACAACGCCUACUACAAGGACCUGGUUGUGCGGCGCGGCCUCCUCACCUCCGACCAGGCGCUCUACGGCUGCGGUGGGCCGCUGGACCAUCUGCUGGAGAUGUACAGCAAGGAUUCCGAGGCGUUCGCCAAGGACUUCGCUAGGGCUGUGGUGAAGAUGGGGGGCAUACCCCCUCCACCAGGGAUGCCCGUGGAAGUGAGGCUCAAGUGCUCGAUGGUGUACUAUUGA